UUCUGAAACUGUUAGGAAUCAAUCACGGACAAUUACAAAAGUCGAGACGCCAACAGCUUCUUGCCUAAGUUCUCCUGGCGAUGUUCCUCCAACGAAUACUCUGUCUCAAAAACGAGAGCGAUUUGCUAAGGGCAUCAAAGUGUUCAAACAUGAUCAUCGCACUUACUUAACUUGCUUCGGUGCAGUUCACGUCAAGGCUACCACAUGCUUUGCUGGCGUCAAUGUCCUCAUCGGUAUAUGCUGUAUACUAUUCUACUGCGUUUUCACUUCCCAGGAGGUAAAUUUUAUAAUUUUGAUUAUGAAUAGAACAACAUCAACAUGA